AUGGAUACAUACUACGGCCACGUCAGGUCGCCAGCAGACGCAAUCAAGCUGUUCGAGGCCUGCCGCCUGGGAUUAUUACCUCGAGUGCAACGCAGACUGUCGGAGAAGGAGAGACAAUCCAUCAAGUCUGGAUCGGUGUUCGUGUGGGACGAGAGGGAAGCAGGCAUGCGCAGAUGGACAGACGGAAAAUCGUGGAGUGCGAGCAGAGUUUCGGGGAGUUUCCUGACCUACCGCGAGAUGGAGGGCAAGAGAGGAGGAGGCCAAUUUGUUCCCCCGCCCGUUCGCCGGCCUAAUGGGAAGACACCAGACAGCGGAAGAGGCAGUGAUGAGGACCUCGACAUGGACGGCGAUGGGCCAGACGGGUACAGAUACAAGCCUGAUGGAUUGAUGAAGCAAUCUUUCAGCAUUACAACCUCUACCGGCCAACACCUCCAUCUGAUCAGCUACUACUCUCGACCGCAUCCAAAUGCGCCCGAGCUACAUACGCCAACGACAGACCCACAGCUUCGUCACAUUGUCCCAGUCAAGGGCAUGUAUCCCGAAUCGACCGUACACGAGGCUCAGGGACCUGCUGUUACCCGAACACCUAUGCAGCAGAGUCCAUACAUGCAACACCAACCCAUGCAGCCUACCCCCCACCGAGGACCUCCGCCACCACCUUACGGCUACCAGUCCGGAUACUCGUGGCCACCUUCCCCCGCCCAGACUCCUCCGUAUGGCCAUUAUCCAGGCCACCAGAUGUACUCUCCUCUCCCGCCCCCACCCCCCGGAUCUGUCCACAGCUCGCCAUACCCACAUCACAGCCCUCACAUGAUGAACGGUCAUGUUCAGAAUGGCUUGAUACCGCAUCCCCAGGCUGCCUACGAGCGAGCGCCCCCGCCUCUCUCCGAGGCGUCGCUCCCUCCACCUCCUCCCAGCUCUUCCAGAGGGAUGAGCACUGCAACCGCUGCGAACCUGGCUCUGUCAAUGCCAAGCUACCCAUCCAAUCCCAGCCCGCGCGUCCCUCCCACUACCCGCCUCAUCGCCGAGCAAGCCCAGAUCGCCCAGAGAGCCCUGCAAAGCCCUCCCAUGAUCGAUCCCCGACUCUCGACUCCCAUGGCCCCGAUCUCUCUCCCACCGGUACAAGUGCCACUCGCCCCAGUCCAACUUCAGACUCCGAGAACCACCACCCCUCCUCAAGUCAACGGCACCGCCCAAUCUCGAGCCACUACCCCUUCUCCGGCGACUCGACCCGCUUCUCCCAAGAGAGAGACACCAAAGUCGGCCAGUACCUCGCAAGCUCAGAGCAUCCCGAGUAUCUCCAGCUUGGUGCAUGCCACGGACUCGGUGUGCGUCAUGUCGGACAACAAGAGCAACAGCAACGGCAACGCCAGUCGGCACGGUAGUAAGAGCCCGAAGUCUGCCGGAGGGGAUGCCCAACGAUCCACGGCCGAUAUUCCGCACGACAAGCUCAACAUUGUGGGAGAGGACCAGCGAGCGAUUCGGGUCUUGGACAAGAAGUUCUUGAUCUAG